AUGUUUUGGUUCGUGACAUUUCGCAUAUCCGUGAAUCCACUCACCUCGAGUUGGAGGCUGCAGAAUUCGGAUGUGGAGACACGACACGCCCGAGCGCUGCCGGCCAGCCUCGCGGACUGCGCGCCGAGCGCCGGCACCCGCCUCGCCAGGGGGCGCGCGCACAAAGCUCACCUCCCGCUCUCAUCGAUCCACCCUUCGUCCCACCGCUGCAUCCCUACCUGA